AUCGUCACCUCCGUGUCCCACUUUGCUUCGCCAGCCUUGUGGCCGCAGGAUUACAGUCAACAGGCUAACAACCAACCACCGCCGACUGACAACGAGGAUAUCGAACGUUUCAUGAUCGAGCAAAACUUGCUGUCAGGCAAAUCACUGAUUAUAUCCAGUUUCAAUCCCAAUCUGUCGACAUCACCGUCGACACAUAUACUGACCGCCGGCAUGACAAAUCCUGCAUUCAUGACUUACGGUCGUGGUACCAACGGAUCCGAUUUGAACUUGAUCGCCUUGAUGCAGAAUAUGAGGCCGGAAGCGCAGAAUUUAUGUCGCUCACUUGCCCAGCAUCUCAAUGCGACGCCAAUACUUGAGUUGGGAUCGCCCGCAAUAUCACAGCUAUUGGCCGCUUCCUGCAAACGAGUAGCACCUAACUUACAACCCUCAGUGAUUGAGGCUCACCAGCCGUCCACUUCCACAGAGGAGGAUGUCAUCAAGUGUCCCACUCAGGGUCCAUCGAGCUUUUCCAUGACUGCAGCCAUUACGAGUGCGCUAAGUUCGAAUUCUGUUGCAGCGGGAUCACAACUAUUACCUGCGUGUUCACCCCUACUCCAGCUGGCCAUCCGUCAAGCAUUGGGCGAAUGCCUGCCUAAUUUCUCCCCUCUGAGUAUUCACGGCAAUUUGGAGAUCUCGUUCGAGGGUACAACACCAAAUGGGAUGCAGGUGAUUCAGAGUAAAACGGUGCUGAAAUUCUCGGAUGAACUACCACAUCAUCAAACCACUCCAACGGUAGAGCCCUGUUCCCCCCGUAGUUCGCCUCCAACCAGCGUUGGCUUCACAGAUGCAACCCACAAGUAUUCAGCAUCCAACCAUUGUAACGGUGGCUCAUCACGUCGAAAGCCCUUAAAUCCGACAAAGUGUAACCUCGAUGAGUUCCACUCUGCAUCGCUGCCCGAUUCAACCGUGCACACCUUAUCGCCUACUUCAUCUAACAGCCCCGUGCUAGUCGGUCCUUCCGGGCCAUUCACUCCAUCCACGGACUCCGGAGUGCUGGAUCUCUCGCGCAACGGUUCAUUGUCGGGUUCGGCGCCCAUCACUCCCAUGAAAGAUUCAUUCGCCGACCCUAUCAAGUCCACUGACCAACACCUUUUGGAGGCGUAUCAGUCACACCUUGCCGCUUUUAACCAAUUACAAUCUAUAUGGAGCCGGGCGUCCACGAACCUUAACGACUGUCGAUCCAUCAGCACGACACCUACUGGUCUAUUUUCGGCUACAAACCAGCCGAGUGACGCUUACCCUGCGAUGAAUUUUAGCCAUCAAUUACCUCCAGACACCCCCGUGAAAUCAGCCCGAAGAAAAGUGAUCAAUCGUACCAACUCCAUUGGAAGAAUGUGUGCUCUAAGGCGACCCAACUCAAACCGACGUUUUCCUUGCAAUCAGUGCCGCGAAGAAUUUCCGUCAUUGCACACGCUCGAGGAACACACAAUGUUCCAACACGGAACAUAUCGGUGUCAUAUUUGCAGAGCUCAGUUCACUCAACGUUCGAAUCUUCAGCGCCAUGCUUUGAAGCAUGUUGGUUUCAAGCCGUUCGAAUGUCGUGUUUGUUCGAAAGCCUAUUACAGAAAGGAUCAUCUUAUGCGCCAUAUGGAAAUGGGACAUCCGGGUUACACACCACGAGACAAUAUCACUGUUCACCUGACGUCGUCUGAGAGCCUGGACUUUCUCAACCGUUCCUGCCCAAUGUCGGUGAAUGAAGAUGUCGAAGAUUCCUUGAACACCACGAUGAUUCGACGUGAUUCCCUGAUGGAAGUAGACUCCACACCUCAACCGAGCACACCUGAACAUGAAGUCGCUCCAGUCACAUCGGCCAUUGAUUCGGACAAUCAUUCACCAUGCAAUGAUGUGUCCACGGAGGACAGAGUUGAGUCAGAUCACAGAGAUAGUAUCUACAGUAGUACCGGUGCCCCAUCCUCAGUCGAAUUCUCUGAACGCUGUGCAUCGUCAGUUGAAGAUCUACCUCCAUUUAUCACCCAAACGACAGAACAGCCAGGUGAAUCAACUGAUUAG